AUGGAUAGACCCGAAGGCGAUGGCGUUCGGAACCAGAGCCUAAAUCAACAGAAGACUGUUUCUUAUAGAGACCUCAAAAGCUUAAUCAAAUUGAAAAAUUGGUUUUACAAUCACACCACUUCAAAUGAUCAAAGAUACAGAGCCAUACAGAGGGUCAAGGCUUUUGCAUCAAGGGGAAGACUACCACACGGAGUUGAAAUAACCUCACUGCUAAUAUCGAUACGGAUAUCCGACCCAAUUGAUAAAUCUAAGUUUCCCAAGCAGCACGAUGCAAGUUUACUUCAAUUAUCAUACUCGAUGGCAUUGAUAAGGUUUGUCAAUGGGCUAUUAGACCCACUCCAACAGGGUAACUUUGCCAUCUCCUUGCAUUCUUUAGCAAGAAACAUAGAGCUUCCUUCCUUUUUUGUUGAGCUUCGGCAUAUGGGGACACACGAACAAAUACCGAGUCUUGAAGUUUUAAGACUUGCAACAGAUAAAGCGUUGGAUUGGUUAUUUGAGAAUUAUUGGAGUGAGAUUGAAGCUAAGAAUGGAGCAGAUCUGAAAAACGGCGAUGGUGAUAUUGAACCCGAGGAAGACUUAGAUCAAAAUAGAGAUCGGGUGAUAUCGAUUUUGAAAGCAUACAAAAGGAUCCGCAAGCAGAACUUAGAUCAAAUUCACGAUAAAACAAGCAAUUCUGGUUCAAAAUACUGGAAGACGAUAAAUUACUUACUUGGCUAUUCUCAGUCAAAUACUAAAACUUUGAUAAAUAUUCUCAUGACUGAAAAUUUCCUAAUUUAUAACCGUGACAAGUUAAAUGAUAGUAAAAAAUUGAAAUUCAACCCUUUACUUUUCAAAUUAUAUAAACCGCUUCUAGAUGAAUUAGGACCCAGCUUUAAAGAUUCCUUACUAGGCGAUCUUUUCUCAAACCUACAAACAAGCAACUCAAAUACAGAAUCGUGCUUUGCUCUUCGGGACGAGAGAGAAUUAGCUCAAUCUGAAGACUGGAUCACCUUUUUAAUAUCUGAUCUAGCCGAAGGAUCUUCAGCACUACUUGAAAACAGAACCCGUGCUAUUGGAAACUUAGACAGUUCCAUACAAUCGAAAUACUUACCAAUAGUAGAAAAAGCACUACUAGAUCAACCACGAAACAAUGAAGUAGAGGAGAUUCUUACCUUCAUAAGUUCGAAAUCCUCGCCUAACAACCCAACCGUCUUCACCGUUCCUCCCUCUCUAGAUGAGAUUUUGAAUGCUUCAAAAAGGAAGGCUCAUGACAACUCAGGGCCAUCCAAAAAACUCCAGCCCACCCCAACGAAACAAAAACAGCAUUUCCUAUUCGAGGAACAUGACUUCUGGAUUCCGACUCCCUUUGGAAUCAAUCCCUAAGUAUGUACAUGAACUAGUGAAACAACUAGUUGAUAACUAAACUGUUCGCAC